CUUCUAAUGCGCGGCUUGCAGGCGAUGCUCUGGAUACAGCCCAUGGUGCUGACAAGUAGCAGUGUAAGGAGAACCAGAGAUGGAGGGAGGAGAUGAUACCUGACCAGUAUGCACAUCAGUCCCUCUCGGAUUCCAGCGAGCUUGUAAAUCAAGAUUAAUAUUUUAAUUGCCCAUCACUGAUGCAGUCAAAUAGCUUCAGAAAACGAAAUAGAUUAAUCAUUUUGAAUAUAAACACUGAGCCAACAUUCGAAAUCAAAUCAAUACAGCAGUUGUUUUCAAGCACUUUUCCACGCCGGGAAACUGGCACGUUAAGGACAUGGAAGGAGAAGAACGAAGAGUUGGGGGAAGGUACACUGAGCAUCUCCCCACCGCCUUCCCCCGAUAUGACUGUUGAGUGCCGCACUGCCCUUGGUGCUUAUCCCCAGAAACUGCAAUUGGGCCUCCCUCGGGCUGCUGCUUCCUCGCUUCGAGGCCGUCGCCCCCUUUCUUUUCGAGUCCACGCGUCCGGCUGCAGGUCGGUGCCCUUUGAUCCUGCUCUUUCGGCUCAGCGUUGUCAUGUCAGUGGCGACGGGACAGCAGGUGCCGAGCGUUGUCUACAGGGCUGCAACCGCCGCAUUGAUCAUGAAGCCGCAGGUUGUGUUCGUGCUGGGCGGGCCUGGCGCGGGGAAAGGAACCCAGUGCGUCAGAAUCGUGGAGAACUACAGUUACACUCAUCUGUCUGCCGGAGACCUGCUGAGGGCUGAACAGAGCCGAGAGGGGUCCGAGUUCGGACAGCUCAUCGAUAACUACAUCAAGGAUGGCAAGAUCGUCCCUGUCGAGAUCACUAUUAACUUACUCAGGAAGGCCAUGGAGGAGACCAUGCAGAUAGACGAGAAGAAGUUCCGCUUCCUCAUCGACGGCUUCCCCCGAAACGAAGACAACCUCCAGGGGUGGACCGCUGUCAUGGACGGGAAGGCUGACAUCAAAUGUGUGCUUUUCUUCGACUGUAGCAAUGAGGUCUGUAUCAACCGAUGUCUAGAAAGAGGGAAGAGCAGUGGCCGGACCGAUGACAACAGAGCGAGCCUGGAGAAAAGGAUCCAGACCUACCUGCAGUCGACACGGCCAAUCAUCUCACUGUAUGAGAAACAGGGCAAGGUGCGCACCGUGGAUGCCUCGUGCGGUGUGGACGAGGUGUUUGCCAAUGUCAAAACCAUCCUGGACAAAGAGGGUUGAAAUUCCACACACUGCCAACAACUACAAUUCACAGCUACUUUUAGUUGUUAUUUUUAUCAACGGCAGCAACAAUAUUCUCCUGUUUAUUUCCAUUCAUGACUUUUUACCUUUAUUAUUGUUUUAAGGGGGCAGGGGGUCUUUAUUUUGUGAAUGCCGAGCUGCUCGUCCAAGGGUGAGUGUGUGUAUGAGUGAAUAAGAUGGGUCGUACGAUGCUCUGAUGACAAACCUCACAUGAACCCUCUGAGGGGGUUCCCUAUGAUAGUAGUACACCGACUGACAUGCCUGUCAUUUUAGUCCGGGGGGCCUUUGAAUAGGGACAAGACUAGUAGAAUUGCCCUUUGCUUUGUGAGAUGCUCGUUUCUGUUGUCAAGCAGAGGCAUAUACAGUACUGUAUGUUAACAAAAUUACGUUUUCUGUGAUAAAAUCUCUGUACUAUAAAAGUGCACAAAGAUCA